AUAUUGAGCAUCAGUUUGAAUUGUUUCGAGGCAAAAUGCAGAUUACCACAGCCAUUCUUGGCCUUUUCUUGGCUUUCUUCUUCAGUGCACAAACGCCAACAUCAGCUUUUUUCCCACCGCCGCCAUUGGUUAUUUUCUGCAAAUAUUUCCCCAAUGCUCUUAUUUGCGCCGGCUUAGAGAAAGCAACUACACCUGCACCAUCUGGAAAUGCAACCAGCAAUGGAACUUCUUCAGCAGGAGGUCAAACGCGUUCUUUGUUGCCACCAUAUGAUUUCCCUAGUUUGGGAUAACUGGUGAUAGUGCCGCCAGAAUAUAUAUCUACUAUCUACUAAUAUCUACUGGCAUGCCAAUUAAAAACUUUCAAAUAGCAUAAA